GAGCAGGCUGCAUCCUCUUCUAGAGUGUCGCCAACGACAAGAACAAAUCUAGUCCGGGCCUUGUCUACUACAGACUUCAGUAAAUAAUAAAAAAAGAGUGAAGUUUGUGUGAAAAUCGCAAACAAACAGGAAUAGCAGGUAAAUACCAUAGAUAAAGGCAAAGCUUGAAACAUGGGGCUGAUGAACCGCACUUGCUUACUGGGGCUGAGCCUUAUUGGGCUGCUGCAAACCUGCGUUGCGCCUCCUGUAACGAAAACCCAGCAAAAGGAGGAGCCCCCGCAACAGGACUCGGACUUUGGGGGUCUGGAGGACUAUAUGGAGUACCACCGGUACCUGAAGGAAGUGGUCAAUGCCUUGGAAUCUGAUCCGGAUUUCAGGCAGAAGCUGGAACAGGCCGGCGAAGCGGAGGUCAGAUCCGGAAAGAUUGCUGAGCAGCUGCAGUUUGUAUCGCAUCAUGUUCGAACCAGGCUGGACGAGUUGAAGCGGGUCGAGUUGCAGCGACUGAGGGAGCUAACGGAGAAGAAAAUCAAGCUGGAGCAGGGCAUUGAUGAAGAGCACCAUCAUGUGGACCAGAGCAACCCGCAUACUUUUGAAAUUGAGGACCUGAAGAAGUUGAUCACCAAAACCACGCAAGAUCUGGCGGAAGCCGACAAAUUGAGGAAGGAGGAAUUCAAGCACUACGAAUUGGAGAAGGAGUACCAGAAGCUGGAGAAACUCAACCACACCAAUGGGGCCGAAAAGGAGCAGCUAGAAAAGGAGUAUCGGGAAAUGGAAACGAAGCACAAAAAUCACAAGAAACUACACGAGCCGGGCCACAAGGCGCAAUUGCAGGAAGUAUGGGAAGAACAAGACCAAAUGCAGCAGGACUUUGACCCGAAAACCUUCUUCAUGCUGCACGAUCUGGAUGGCAACCGUUUAUGGGAUCAGGAGGAAGUCAAGGCCCUUUUCAUCAAGGAGCUGGACAAAAUGUACCAACAAGGCGCCCCCGAAGACGACAUGCGGGAAAGAGUGGAGGAAAUGGAGCGCAUGAGGGAGAGCGUGUUUGGGGAGAUGGACCAAAAUCGGGACGGAUUCAUAGACUUUCAGGAGUUUUUGAGGCAAACGAGCAGCAACAACUUCAAGCAGGACAAUGGAUGGCAGCCUUUGGACGAACAAACCAAACCAUACACUGACGAAGAGCUGGCAGAGUACUACCGGCUACACCAUGCAGCUAAUGAGAUUCCUCAAUACCAGGAGCAGGUGCCUCCAGGCUAUCGACAACCGGCCAAUCAGCAGUUCCAUCCUGGGCAGGUUCCUCAAAUGGCACCACAGCACUUGGACCUGAACACGAACGAAAUAUAUCCGGAGCAUCCGCCACAGUAUCAGCAAAAUCCUGCAGUGCCUGUCAACAAUAUUGGGCAACACCAGUUCAACCAGCAACCCAAUAUUCCUCCGCAACAACAGCAGCAGUAUCAGCAGGCGCACAUUCCUCAACAACAGCCGAAUGUUCCUCAACAGCAACCAAAUAUUCCUCAACAACAGCAAUAUCAACAUCCAAAUAUUCCUCCUCAAUAUGCGAAUAUACCUCAACAACAGCAACAACCGAAUAUUCCUCAACAGCCCCCGAAUGUUCCUCAACAACAGCAACAAGCGAACAUUCCUCAACAGCCGCCGAAUGUUCUUCAACAACCGAAUAUUCCUCUACAACAGCAACAGCCGAAUAUUCCUCAGCAACAACAGUAUCAGCAGCCGAAUGUUGCUCAACGCCAGAAUAUUCCGCAGCAACCAAACGUAGGUUUGAAUGAACAGGGGAAUGGAAGGCACUAAAGUGGCUUCUCAUUGGGAUAAACGCAGGGUGAGUUGGCUCACUUUGUAACUUAAUUAAGUGAAAAAUGGAGGUCGCAAGUCUCAAUCCUUACUACUAACGUGAUAUUUGCAGCAUUUUAUUGAACGAAUGGAAAUUGUGUGCAAUUAAUUUGAAGGAAACUAGUCGAACAAGCUGGUGUUUGUUUAUGUUCCGAACCGAAGGUCUAAUGUUAUUUUUUUAAAGUUAAUUAUAAAGUAUAAUAAUAAAACAUAUAGUUUGCUUGUUGUGGAUCCAUAUAAUCUAUAAUACAUACAUGUAGGGAAAUUAAAAUAUACAUAAUACACCUUGAUGCUUGAGUUUCAUCAAUUGAACUUCAGACAGACCAGAAUAAAAACGACGAUUUAAAUAUAGCACAGUAUGUAAAAACAGUAAACAUUUAGGACGUG